ACUGGGUAGUUAAAUUAUUAAUUGGUGUCAUAUCGUUUAAAUUUUGAAAUUAAAAAAAAAUUCAAAUCGUUCUCGGGAUUUUAGAAGAAAACUUGAAUAAUUUUUACUCUGAAAUAAAGUAUAUUUAAAUCCUGAAAGCGUACACACUAAUUUCUUGAAGCAAAAUAAAGUCACGUUGGAUUUUUCAAAUACAUCUAAACACGAACUUUUUGUAUUAUUAAAUGUGAAUAUGUCGAACAUCAAUACGCGCAGCUAUGAAACAGGUAAUAAACCAUUUAAACAUGACAGAGGACGUGGAAAAUGGUCAACCACCUGGGACUUUUAUGCAAUAAUUUUAAGUAAUUCAUUAGGAUUUCGACAUUUUAUUCUCAACUACUUUGUAAUGAAUAGCAAUCCAAUUAUAUUCUUCGCUCUAUACAGUUUGGGAAUGAUAACAUUUGUUUUGCCAACAUAUUUCACACAAAUGUUUUUGGGACAAUUCUCCAAUAGUGGACUUAUUUCAGCUUUCCGGAUAGUUCCCCUAUUUAAAGUGAUUGGUUAUGCUUCAUUUACUCUAAAUAUAUUGACAUGCAGCUAUUGCAUGAUAACAGCAGCAUUGCCGCUAUUUGUUAUUUUUGAUUCUUUAAGAUCGGAGUUACCUUGGACCCAUUGUAACAAUUCAUAUAAUACAGAAAACUGCAUUAAGACUCAAUCUGCAUAUGUAUUUGAAAAUGGUUCAAAUUAUCCCAAACACUGGAAUUCAACUCUUUCAUUGGAUGAAUAUUUUAGGCAUGAAACUUCAUUUGUAUAUUAAUAAUGGGUGAUUCUUUUACUAUUUGGUUUUUAGUGUUCUUAUUUUUAAUACUGGUUGGCAGGCGUGGUUGGCUUCAAUUGUCAGCGUUAAACCGACUCAGUUUAAUUUGUCAUUUCAUUUGUUUAAGCGCUUUUAAAUUAUUAAUAUUUAGUGAAUUUACGUUUAGAUUAUCUUUAUUUGGAUUGGAAGAACCAACAGAUGAGUGACGAAAUCAGUUGCAGUUGUGUCUUUUCUUUGUUUAAAAAUUAAACUUUUACAAAAAUUACCCAUAUUCCUCAAAAAUUUGUGAUUAU